AUGAGAGGUGCUAUAGGAAGACGAUUGUCGAACCCUAAUGGCUUUACACUUUCAUCAAUAGUCAAACAGACUCCAUUUCUGAUCCAACCAACAUCUCAUUUCUCCUCUUCCUCCGACGGUGCUGGCCGUGGCCGUGGACGAGGUUCCGGAUUCGGCGGUGGAGAUGGAGGAUUUCCCGCCGCUGGAAGGGGACAAUUCGGAAUCAAUCGGGAACCGGAAAAGGCUAACGAGCCUUUGGGUCGCGGUCGUGGCUCGUCGGAAUCGCAAUCUCCUGGAGGGUAUGCUCAUGGCCGUGGCCGUCCGAUCCAAUCUGAUCCGAUUUCUCCUGCGUUUUCCUCGUUUGUUAGACCGGGUUCUCCUAGCGUUGGCCGUGGAAGAGGAUCCGUCGGAUCAGACCCCGUCUCACCUUUCGCUGCUGAGCCUCCUCGCCAUCCGUCGCCUCCGCCGCCGCAACAGUCACAGCCGCGUUAUCAGCCGCCGCCCAGGGAUGAAUCUCAUCGUCCCCAUUUGAGCAGGGAAGAGCAACCGCACUCGCCGCCACCACCAGAGUCUAAACCUGGACAAACCGCUCCGCCUAACCUCAGAUUCAAUGCUCCAGGGAACGAAUUCUCGCAUCCUAAUCAAAGAAUCGUUCCAGGAAGUGGAGCUGGUCGAGGGAAACCUUCUGUGGAAUCCGCUCCAACGCAACAGGAAGAAAAUCGCCACAUUCAACGCCCUCAGCCUCCGCCGCAGCGGCAGCGGCGGGCUCAGUCGCCCAAGGAUGAAACUCCGAGGCCACAGUUGAGUAUGGAAGAGGCUGGGAGAAGAGCAAGGAGUGCGCUUUCACGUGGCGAAGCUGAAGGAAGCGGUGGAAGAGGAAGAGGAGGAGGGAGAGGAAGAGGAAGAGGAGCAAGAGGGAGAGGCAGAGGAAGAGGUGGUGAUGGAUGGAGAGAUGAUAAGAAAGGAGAGGAAGCUGAAAAAGAGGCUUUGAGUAUAUUCAUUGGUGAUUCUGCUGAUGGAGAGAAGUUUGCUCAGAAAAUGGGACCUGAGGUUAUGAAGCAGUUAGCAGAAGGAUAUGAGAAUAUUUGCGAGAGGGCUUUGCCUUCCACUGCUCACGAUGCCUUUGUGGAUGCUUACGAAACCAAUCUCAUGAUCGAGUGUGAGCCAGAAUAUUUGAUGCCGGACUUUCGAUCGAACCCUGACAUUGAUGAGAAGCCACCAAUGUCUCUGCGCGAGUGCCUUGAGAAGGUGAAGCCUUUCAUAGUGGCUUACGAGGGAAUCAAGAAUCAAGAAGAAUGGGAUGAAGCAAUUGAUGAAGUGAUGGCGCAAGCUCCACUUAUCAAAGAGAUUGUUGAUCACUACAGUGGUCCUGACCGAGUAACUGCUAAAGAACAGAGUGAGGAGCUCGAUAGAAUUGCUACAACACUUCCCACAAGUGCACCUGAUUCUGUGAAACGAUUUGCAGAUCGUGCUGCUCUUAGUCUUAAGCUGCGGUUGCGGCCUCUGCCGCCUCAACCGCAGAUAGUGUUGACGGUUGCGGUGGAAUGA